AUGUCUCGUGUACGUAAAGAUUUAUCGCUCGCGCAAAAAUUAGAAAUUAUCGACAAGAUUAAAUUACAGCCACCAGGCUGUAGUAUUUGUUGUCUUUCGGAAAUUUUAGGAAUACCGAAAUCAACAAUCGCACGAAUUCAACUUCAAGAACAGGUUUUGCGAGAACNUUCAACGUCACUAAUUCAGCCUUUAGAUAUGGGUGUUAUCCAAAAUUUAAAGGUUAAGUAUAGAGCAACACUGGUCAAUUACAUUUUAGAAAAGAUUGAAGACAAUUUACUUGAACCACAAUCAACGGCAAUAGAUAUCAGUAAAAAAAUUAAUAUCCUGCAAGCAAUUCAAUUAAUUUCAGACAGCAAGCGUGAUGUAAGCAGUCAGACGAUAAAAAAUUGUUUUCGCAAGUGUGGUUAUCAUACCAUCGAUCAACAAUUAGAACCAAAUUCCGAAGAAUAUGAUAUUGUAAGAGUACUGAACAACGUAGAAUUUGAACAUCUGGAUUCAAAUGUGCAAUGCUAUGACCAAAACGAAAACGUUGAUGAUGCAAUUAUACAAUCCAUACAAGAUAAACAUGAUUCGGAUGAAGAUACAGACGAGGAACCAGAUCCACCAAUUCGACUACAGGAGGCAAAAAAAUGUUUGGAAACAUUGAGACUAUUUUUUCUUUAA